UCUUCAUUUUUCUUUCUUUCCAUAUAUAUAUAUAUAUAUAUAUUGCUCGGAGAUUGUUCUCGGCGACAUUCUCCUGCGAAGGUGCUUUCUCGCCGGAAUCACGCGGUUGCGGAAGGAAUGGUGGCGGGGAUUUCCGCGUGGUGAUCGGCGAAGCGAAGAUCGGAGGUCUCGUGCAAUGUGCGAAAGAAAUGAGGUUUUUGGUGGUGUUUAGGGACGAAUUUUUCGGACUCCGAGCGAUUAAUUUAAGGAAAUCUCUGUAAUUUGUGAGUUAUCGGUAGGAAUUUUGGAUCUUCGGUUUGUUACGCGCUUCUGGUGGUUUCGGAUCUUGGAGAGGAAAGUAUUCUUCUAUCCGAAUCUGAUUAUCGAUUCGGAGAAGAAAAUUUUUGUUUUUGGUUGAUUUUUGAUCCGGCAUUGAAGAAAGGGGCGAGCUUAUGGAGGAUUAAAGCGGUGGAAUCGAGAGGAAGGAGAGAAUUAUAUUAUGUGCAGAAUAGAGAAGGAGGAGAAGAAGAAGAGAGAGAGGACAAUGGGAAUAAAGUCGUUGGGAGCGGAGAAGCUGAAGAGUACGAUGGCGACGGCGUCGGCGUCGAGGUCGAAGAUGAAGCUGUGGAUGAUACGGGCGACGACGUCGGUUUUACUGUGGACGUGCGUCGUACAAUUGACGGCGUUGGGAGAUAUGUGGGGCCCUAGGGUUCUCAAAGGCUGGCCUUCCUGUUUCACUCAGGAGUCCGCCUCCGCCGCCGCCGCUCUCCAAGACAAGUCGCCCUUCGUCGAGGCCAGAGUUCUUCCGCCCAAAAGGGUUUAUAAGAACAACGGUUACCUGAUGGUUUCCUGCAAUGGGGGGCUAAAUCAAAUGAGAGCAGCGAUAUGUGACAUGGUUGCCAUCGCAAGACAUUUAAAUGUCACUCUUAUAGUGCCUGAAUUGGAUAAAACAUCCUUUUGGGCUGAUCCUAGUGAGUUUCAAGACAUAUUUGAUGUGGACCAUUUCAUUACAUCUUUAAGAGAUGAGGUUCGCAUAUUGAAGGAAUUGCCUCCUAGGCUGAAAAGAAGAGUGGAACUAGGAGGUGUUUAUACCAUGCCACCAAUUAGUUGGUCUGAUAUAUCUUAUUAUCAGAGACAGAUUCUUCCUCUCAUACAAAAGUACAAAGUGGUACAUCUUAAUAGAACUGAUGCUCGCCUUGCCAAUAAUGGCCAACCUUUGGAGAUUCAAAAGCUACGGUGCCGAGUAAAUUUCAGUGCUCUGAGAUUUACUUCUCAAAUAGAAGAGUUGGCUAGACGAGUUAUCAAGCUUCUUAGGCAAAAUGGUCCUUUCCUAGUCCUUCAUCUCAGAUAUGAAAUGGACAUGUUAGCAUUUUCUGGUUGUACUCAAGGUUGCAACAUGGAUGAAGUGGAAGAGUUAACGAGAAUGAGAUAUGCUUAUCCCUGGUGGAAAGAAAAAAUUAUAAAUUCUGAUUUGAAGAGGAAAGAUGGUUUAUGUCCUUUAACGCCUGAAGAAACUGCUCUUACUCUGAGGGCACUGGGCAUUGAUCGUAAUAUCCAGAUUUAUAUUGCGGCUGGUGAGAUAUAUGGAGGAGAAAGGAGAAUGUCAAGUUUAGCACUGUCUUAUCCAAAAUUGGUAAGAAAGGAAACUCUGUUAGAUCCAUCCGACCUUAGAUUUUUCCAGAAUCACUCAUCCCAGAUGGCAGCAUUGGAUUAUCUCGUCUCAUUGGAGAGUGACAUCUUUGUUCCCACAUAUGAUGGAAACAUGGCUAAAGUAGUUGAAGGCCAUCGCAGAUUUCUUGGUUUCAAGAAGACAAUAUUGUUGGACAGAAAGCUUAUCGUUGAUUUGAUAGACCAGUACAGCAGUGGAUCACUUAAUUGGGAUGAGUUUUCAUCCGCUGUGAAGGAGACUCAUGCAGAUCGCAUGGGCAACCCAACUAAAAGGUUGGUGAUCCCAGACAGACCUAAAGAAGAGGACUACUUCUAUGCCAACCCAGAGGAGUGUUUAGAACUUCCGGACGAGCGGUUAUUUUCUGAUGAACUAUUGAGCAGCACGUGAUAUCCUAUGCUAGUUAGUUUGUGACAUUCAUCAGUGUUCUCCCACAGUGGUAGCUUUUAUUAACACACAGAUCUUUAAGAAAGUUCUCUACAAAGAGGUAUAAGUGAUAAUGAGAUUUUGUUUCGGAGGCCACCAUGAAGAUCAUUGGGAAAUGUAAAACUUGCCUGAGAAGAUCUAUGGAUAAGAUAAGCUCUGGAGAACAUCAAUUAUCUCUUUUUAUAUAUGCCAAAUAAUCCAUCUCAAGUUCAUGUAUAGAAGCCACCCUGCCAUUUAUGGGGUGAGAGUGAAUCCAGGAACCGCAAUGUAGAACCGAGGGGGAUGUCAACGUAAAAGAGGGUGUUCUGGGUUUGCUUGGAACUCAAGGAAUCAUGAAAAGCUCAUAUCCCUCGACCUUUCUAUUUUGUAUUUUCUCAUGUUGUUUCUUUUUUGGAUCAAUCAAAGCCCACGGUCUCGUGAUUUUGUGGCACA